UUUAAGUGUCUCUCCAGUUUAAAAAUAUGGUAAGGAAAAAGAUAGAUAACCGACUGAGGAUUCUGGUUGAGAAUGGAGCUGCUAAGAAGCAUCGGUCACUGGUGGUUGUGGUUGGAGAUCACGGCAAAGACCAGGUGGUAAUUUUACAUCACAUGUUGUCUAAAGCAACAGUCAAAGCCAGACCUACAGUGUUAUGGUGCUACAAAAAAGAGCUGGGAUUUAGCAGCCAUCGGAAGAAACGAAUGAAGCAGCUGCAAAAGAAGAUAAAACGGGGAAAGCUUGACAUGAAAGAGGAUGAUCCGUUUGAGUUGUUUGUGGCUGCAACCUCCAUCAGAUACUGUUACUAUGCUGAAACUCACAAAAUUCUAGGACAGACAUUCGGCAUGUGCAUACUGCAGGAUUUUGAGGCCUUGACCCCUAACCUUCUAGCUCGAACCAUAGAGACAGUAGAGGGAGGGGGACUGAUUGUUAUUCUUCUGAAAACAAUGAACUCCCUCAAACAACUGUACACCAUGACCAUGGAUGUACACACAAGAUUCAGAACAGAAGCUCAUCAGGAUGUUGUUGGUAGAUUUAAUGAAAGAUUUUUGCUUUCUCUGGCAUCGUGCAAGAACUGCAUGGUUAUUGAUGACCAGUUCAACAUUUUACCUGUUUCUUCACACAAUCUUAACAUUCAACCUGUACCUGCUAAGUCUAUUGAGGAUGUUCCUGCUAGGGAGGUUGAGCUGAAGGAGCUGAAAGACUCUCUACAGGACACUCAGCCUGUAGGAGCCAUUGUGAACUGCUGCAGAACUUUGGACCAGGGUAAAGCACUUUUGAAGUUUAUUGAGGCUAUAUCUGAGAAGACAUUGAGGAGUACUGUGAUCAUGACGGCUGCCAGGGGGCGGGGCAAGUCAGCUGCUCUGGGGCUGGCUAUGGCAACAGCUGUGGGAUUCGGAUACUCCAAUAUUUUUGUGACUGCACCAAGUCCAGAAAAUUUGAAAACCUUAUUUGAAUUUAUAUUCAAAGGAUUUGAUGCUCUAGAAUACCAGGAACACAUGGACUAUGAGAUAAUUCAGUCCACCAACCCAGAUUUUAACAGAGCCAUUGUGAGAGUAAACAUCUUCAGAGAACACAGGCAAACUAUACAGUACAUCCAUCCGACUGAUUCCCACAAGCUUGGUCAGGCUGAACUGGUGUGUAUUGAUGAGGCAGCUGCCAUUCCUCUCCCACUGGUUAAGAGUCUGCUUGGGCCCUAUCUAGUGUUCAUGUCCUCCACCAUCAAUGGAUAUGAGGGCACAGGGCGCUCCCUCUCCCUAAAGCUGGUCCAACAGCUGAGGCAGCAGUCCAGUACAUUUGGUGGGAACUCCUCAGAGGUCCAGAAGACAAUCACAAUGACCAAAAAAUCAGAUGGAGUCCUGUCAACGUCAGGCCGAGUUCUCCAUGAAGUGGUGCUGAAUGAAUCUAUACGUUAUGCCAAUGGAGACCCUGUGGAGCGCUGGCUGUACGACCUACUGUGUUUGGAUGCAACAAAUGUCUCCAGAAUUUCCUCUGGCUGCCCCCUCCCUGAGGCCUGUGACCUGUACUACAUAAACAGAGACACACUGUUCUCCUAUCAUAAAGCCUCAGAGGCGUUCCUCCACAGAGUGAUGGCUCUCUAUGUGUCUUCUCACUACAAGAACACUCCAAAUGACCUUCAGUUGUUGUCUGAUGCCCCCGCUCAUCAUGUCUUUGCAUUGCUUGGUCCAGUGGAUCCCAAUCAGACCUCCCUCCCUGAGGUUCUAUGUAUACUCCAGGUGUGUUUGGAGGGAGAAAUCUCUAAAGCCUCUAUAAUGAGCAGUUUGUCAAGGGGAAAGAGGGCAUCUGGUGACUUGAUUCCCUGGACCAUCUCCCAACAGUUUCAAGACCAUGAUUUCCCAGGACUGUCAGGAGCCCGCGUCGUUAGGAUUGCCACACACCCUGAUUACCAGUCUAUGGGCUAUGGCAGCAGGGCUCUAUCUUUGCUGAAGCAAUACUACAAAGGUGAGGUGGUCAGUCUGUCAGAGACAGUGGACUCAGAACCUCAGACCAAUGUAGUGGAUGACCAGGAGGUAGAUUUACUAGAGGAAAGACUUACCCCAAGGAAGAAUUUACCUCCCUUGCUGAUGAAGCUGAGUGAGAGGAAACCGGAGAAGCUGGACUAUCUCGGCGUCUCCUAUGGCCUGACUUCUGGUUUACUCAAAUUCUGGAAGAAAAAUGGCUUUGCACCUGUGUACCUCAGGCAAACACCUAAUGACCUGACAGGUGAACACUCCUGUAUCAUGUUACACCUGUUGUCUGAUGAAGAUACAGAGGAUGGACAGGACAGGAAGAAGGAUUCUUGGUUAUAUGCAUUCUGGAAAGAUUUUAGAAGACGUUUUGUGUCAUUAUUAGCAUACCAGUUUAAGAAUUUCACUCCAUCUAUGUCGCUUAGCAUCCUGGAGCAGAAACAAUUUAAAUCCAGAAAAACAAAUCCAACAGUUCAGGAGAUGGAGACUUACUUCACUAGAUACGAUGUUAAGAGGUUGGAGCUGUAUGCCCAGAACAUGGUGGACUAUCACCUGAUUGUGGACCUGCUACCGUCAAUCAGUCGGCUCUUCUUCCUCAACCAGAUGGACAUUCAGCUCAGUAUUGUACAGAGUGCCAUGCUUCUUGGUCUAGGUUUGCAACACAAAACUGUGGAGGAUUUGGAGAAAGAGCUUGAUCUCCCCUCCAGCCAGUUACUGGGUCUCUUUAACAGAAUCAUCCGCAAAGUUGUAAAUUGUCUGAAUGCUGUCAUGGAAGCUGAUGUAGAAAAAGACAUGAUAGAGAGAAAGGAAAUCACACUGCAGCCCACAGAACAGUCCAUGGAGGAUGAACUGAAUGCAGCAGCCAAAGAAGUGGAAGCCACUCAGAAGAAGGAGCUGGCCAUUCUCAAAGACUUGGACCUGACACAGUAUGAAGUGAAAGGAUCGGAACAUGAGUGGAAGCAGGCACUCAGCUCUGGCUCCAAGAUGAUCAGCAUCAAGGGGGCUACUCUAGAAAAGAAGAGAAAAACAGAGGAUGCAAUAGCAAUGCUAGAGGGCUCUGGUAAAAAGAAGAAAAUGAAGAAAAAACAUAAAAGUUGAUGUAUAUAGAACUUUUUAUCACAUUAAAUUGUUUCAUGUUA